CAGGAAAGCUGUUGUUGGCCGUUGUUAAUCAGCAGUAGCAGCAGUGUCGGUAGCAGCGAUGUCUGGUCGGUCGGUCCGCGCAGAGACCCGAAGCAGAGCGAAAGAUGAUAUCAAGCGGGUCAUGGCCGCCAUUGAGAAAGUACGAAAAUGGGAGAAGAAAUGGGUGACCGUUGGAGACUCUUCACUGCGUAUUUUCAAGUGGGUACCGGUGACAGAGCCGAGGGCAGACGAUAAAAAUAAAAAGAAGAAAGGCAGAGAUGAGAAGUAUGGCUCAGAGGUCACCACUCCAGAGAACAGCUCCUCCCCUGGAAUGACCGACAUAAAUGAUGAGAACAGCAAUCAAAGCUCCAUUGCUGACACCUCUCCAGUGAAGCCGGAUAACAGCUGUAGCACAAGUCCAGCACCAGAGGCCACUGCAGCGUCUCAGAGCAAUGGUGAAAAUAAAACACCAUCCCCUGACCACGGUAAGAGCAACUCCACCUCCUCAGAGACCUCAGCACCAGAGAAGGAGGCUUCAUCAGAAGCUUCUAAAGUAACUCAGGAAUUGGAAGAGGAGGCACCACCAAGUAAGAAAAGCAAACAGGAGUCUUCCUCUCAGGAUUGUGGAGAAAGCUGAAGUCCUCUCAUCCUUCUGGGUGAAAAGUAGCCCCCAUUUCAGCCCUCUUAUCAAAAUGUUCAGACACCGUGUUGCCAAGGAAAGCUUCGCCCUUUCACCCUCUCCUCCAUCCUCCUGCUAGUCGAGUUUUCGGGAAAGGAUUUUACAGCCAUCACUGUGCCUGUGAAAGAUCUAUGAACACUGACCUCCACCUGUGAGACGCUGUUCUCUGCGAUCUCGACCCCAAGUCCACCCCCCCCCACAUACGAAGCAUUGUGUUUGAUAAGACGCAUCGGUGCACUUCCUAGAUUGGUCAUGCGGUUUUGCUGCUGUAGUUGUGGCUGUUUUAAGAAGCCUUUCACUUUGGUUUUGGAUUUAUUUAAAUGCUUGACUUCUUUUGAAACGAUUAACGGAGAUGUUUUGUGUCUAUUUGAGAAUUUAAGCACAUUCCUACUGAUGAUUUUUUUAAUUUAAAUUAUUUUUACCUCUCAAAAACGUAUGUUAUAAGCGUCUUGUCAGUCGUGCACUGACACUAGAUUGAAGUUAUGAUCUUAGUAACCACGGCUGCACCUGCCAUCUAAGAGCAGUUCUGUUGCUGUUGUCUUUUUCUAUGUGGUUUUUCAAGGUGUCAAAUGAAGCAGCAGUUACUGAGGAGCUGAGUGGAAAACUGACAUGAAGUUUCAUAUAAUGCAUGUGAAUUACUACUACUUGUAAAGGGUUGUAGAGGGGAUUUUAGCAAAACAUCUGUUACAAUUAAAAAAAAACCUAUAAAUAUACCUCAUUUCCAAGCUGGAACUUUGCUAACGCCAGUGGAAAAUAGAUUCAUUAUAUUCCGUAAACCAGCAUAGUUGGAAUCCAUUGAUAUUUGCUGUCAAAACAACCUCAGAAAAGGCCUUUGGGUAAAACUGGGAACAUUUUUGAACAGAAUUUUGAACAUAAUAGGCUUGCAUUUAUUUAUUUCACAAAAAGUACUGUUUAAAUCAUGUUCAAAUGUUUCAAUUAAAGAUAUUACUGUACUGUCUCAUUCA